CGCGUCUCCUCGUCGCUGUCCGCGUCCACCUCCCGGUCGUCUUCGUGAGCCCGCGCGAUGGCGAAGCCGCUGACGGACAGCGAGAGGCGGAAGCAGAUCAGCGUGCGCGGCCUGGCCGGGCUGGCCGACGUGGCCGAGGUGCGGAAGAGCUUCAACCGGCACCUGCACUUCACGCUGGUCAAGGACCGCAACGUGGCCACGCCCCGCGACUACUUCUUCGCCUUGGCGCACACGGUGCGCGACCACCUGGUGGGUCGCUGGAUCCGCACGCAGCAGCACUACUACGAGCGCGACCCCAAGCGCAUUUAUUAUCUUUCCCUGGAAUUCUACAUGGGCCGCACUCUGCAGAACACCAUGGUGAACCUGGGCCUUCAGACGGCGUGCGAUGAAGCUAUUUAUCAGUUGGGGUUGGACCUGGAAGAACUUGAGGAAAUAGAAGAAGAUGCUGGCCUUGGGAAUGGGGGUCUGGGACGGCUGGCAGCCUGUUUCCUUGAUUCGAUGGCCACCCUGGGGCUAGCUGCAUAUGGCUAUGGAAUCCGCUAUGAAUUUGGGAUUUUCAACCAGAAGAUUGUCAAUGGCUGGCAGGUUGAAGAGGCUGAUGACUGGCUGCGCUACGGCAAUCCGUGGGAGAAAGCCCGGCCGGAGUACAUGCUGCCCGUGCACUUCUACGGGAGGGUGGAGCACACCCCCAGCGGCGUGCUGUGGCUGGACACCCAGGUGGUGCUCGCCAUGCCCUAUGACACCCCGGUGCCAGGCUAUAAGAACAACACCGUCAACACCAUGAGGCUCUGGUCUGCCAAGGCGCCCAAUGACUUCAAGCUGAAGGACUUCAACGUGGGAGACUACAUCGAGGCUGUGCUGGACAGGAACUUGGCUGAGAACAUCUCCAGGGUGCUGUAUCCCAAUGACAACUUCUUCGAGGGGAAGGAGCUGCGCCUGAAGCAGGAAUACUUUGUGGUGGCCGCCACACUCCAGGACAUCAUCCGCCGCUUCAAGUCCUCCAAGUUUGGCUGCCGGGACCCAGUGAGAACCUGUUUCGAGACGUUCCCAGACAAGGUGGCCAUCCAGCUGAACGACACCCACCCUGCGCUCUCCAUUCCUGAGCUUAUGCGGAUUCUGGUGGAUGUGGAGAAGGUAGAUUGGGACAAGGCCUGGGAGAUCACCAAGAAGACCUGCGCAUACACCAACCACACUGUGCUGCCCGAGGCCUUGGAACGCUGGCCCGUGUCCAUGUUUGAGAAGCUGCUGCCACGGCAUCUGGAUAUCAUCUAUGCCAUCAACCAGAGACACCUGGAUCAUGUGGCUGCACUGUUUCCUGGAGACGUGGACCGCCUCAGGAGGAUGUCUAUAAUUGAAGAAGGGGACUGCAAGAGAAUCAACAUGGCACACUUGUGUGUGAUUGGCUCCCAUGCUGUGAAUGGCGUGGCAAGGAUCCACUCAGAGAUCGUGAAGCAAUCUGUCUUUAAGGAUUUUUAUGAGCUGGAGCCAGAGAAGUUUCAGAAUAAGACAAAUGGCAUCACACCCCGACGCUGGCUGCUGCUGUGCAACCCUGGGCUGGCAGACAUCAUUGUGGAGAGAAUUGGGGAGGACUUCCUGACUGACCUGAGCCAACUGAAGAAGCUGUUGCCAUUGGUCAGUGACGAGGCAUUCAUCAGGGACGUGGCCAAGGUCAAGCAGGAGAACAAGCUGAAGUUCUCUGCCCUGCUGGAGAAGGAGUACAAGGUGAAGAUCAACCCUGCCUCCAUGUUUGACGUGCAUGUGAAGAGGAUCCACGAGUACAAGAGACAGCUGCUCAACUGCCUGCACAUCAUCUCCCUGUACAACCGAAUAAAGAAGGACCCAACCAAAGCAUUUGUGCCCAGGACUGUUAUGAUUGGGGGCAAGGCAGCUCCUGGUUACCACAUGGCCAAGAUGAUCAUCAAGCUGGUGACAUCCAUCGGAGACAUUGUCAAUCAUGAUCCAGUUGUGGGCGACAGGCUCAGAGUGAUCUUCCUGGAGAACUACCGAGUAUCCCUGGCUGAGAAAGUGAUCCCAGCUGCUGACCUGUCGCAGCAGAUCUCCACUGCAGGCACCGAGGCCUCGGGCACUGGAAACAUGAAGUUCAUGCUCAAUGGAGCUCUCACCAUCGGCACUAUGGAUGGCGCCAAUGUGGAGAUGGCUGAGGAAGCCGGGCUCGAGAAUCUCUUCAUCUUUGGCAUGCGGGUGGAAGAUGUUGAGGCCCUGGACCAGAAGGGGUACAAUGCCAGAGAGUUUUAUGAGCGCCUGCCCGAACUGAGGCAAGCUGUGGACCAGAUCAGCAGCGGCUUCUUUUCCCCCAAGGACCCAGACUGCUUCAAGGAUGUGGUCAACAUGCUGAUGUACCAUGACAGGUUCAAGGUGUUUGCAGACUAUGAAGCCUACAUGCAGUGCCAGGCCCAAGUGGAUCAGCUGUACCGGAACUCCAAGGAGUGGACCAAGAAAGUGAUCAGAAACAUCGCCUGCUCGGGCAAGUUCUCCAGUGAUCGGACCAUCACUGAGUAUGCACGGGACAUCUGGGGAGUGGAACCUUCCGACCUGCAGAUUCCGCCCCCGGACACCCCCAGGGAGUAGCUGCCCCAUGAAGUGGGACCAGUGGCUUGUUUGGCUGACUCUGCACUCAUGCCAGUCUUCAGGCACUCUGCCAGCAGCUUCUGGUCCCUGCUUUCUUCAGUGCUGUGUUUCCAGAAGGGGCCAUGGGGUUUCAGUAGUUGUUUUAAGGACCCAGAAGAGGAGGUAGGUGUGACACCCUCCUGGUUUUCUAAAAAGAAGGUGGCAUUCACAUAAUAGAUGGGCACAGACAGUCCCCACAGAGGAUGGGUAGACGGUAGGGCCAGUGCCUUGGUCCCUGAAGUCUUGCACGCAAAUUUAGCUUUGAGGUUCCAGAUCUGGGGUCUAGGUAGGGGGUCUGGUGAAGUCUGGGUUCCCAUGUGUUUCUGUAACAACGGGGUCACUAGCUAAACCCAGUGUGUCCUUCUUGGUCGCAGUGGGAAGUAGAUCUUACGGGCUUCAUCAUGGCCACCUGUCUUCUGUACUGGGUCAAGGACUGACUCUAGCCAUCCCAGAAGCCAUGUGUGCACUGGGACCUGGGACUGCUGGGAGGAGCAUUGAAGAGAGACCUGUGCCCAUACAUCAGAGGCCUUGGUCAUGGACCAGGCUGCCUGAUAGAGGGUUAGCAUAUUACUUUUUCAAAAAGAAAAAUUAACUUCACAAGGAACUGAAACUAGCUGAAGCCUUCUUUUUUAGCAAGUAAACAUUGUACUAGGUCAAUUUAGUUUCUGGUGUCUGGAGUUGGCCAUACUAGGGAUAUUUUUGCCUGGCUGGAGGUGAGUCAGCUACUGUCCCUGGAUGGGUCAGCUGCUUGUCCUGCACUGGGGCCUUGGGCAGUGGAUCUGUACUCUCCUGACACCUUCACUCACAUCCCAAGGUGCAUUUCCUAUUGUCCACACAUAAGCUUGGCAUCAUUCUUCCUCCCUCUAGAAAAAGGGCCUAUGGCCCAGAGGAGCCAUUUCCAUCCUGCAAUGGCAGCCUGGUGAGGUAGCCAGGGUGAGCCUCCCAACCUCCCUGAGACUGAAGCUUCAGGAUAGGAUGGAGUCCAAAUCCUGCUCAAAGAAUGGAUGUAGAGAAACUAUAUCCACCUUGCGUGCUGAAUCUGGGCCAGGGUGGAGAGGCCUUUAUCACCACGCCUGCAGGAAGGGUCUGCUUGCGGUGCUAAGUUCAAGUUGACCAGAACCACUGUGGUUGUGGUGGGGUAGGGAGCAGGUUCUAGACCUGGUCAUCUGCUUGCCCUGUGCAUGAGACUCCAGUCCUUGAAGCCACUGUGCAUGACCACUACCCCACCACUUGCUGUAACUGCCUCGUGUGAGAAGCUGAUUAAACUUCUACGCCCAUGGCUGA